GCGCUAUUAGUAUCCGCGGGAUCGAGUAACCUGCUGCACGUUUUUCAUCGUCGAUCAUUUGCAGCAAGGACAAACUCGAUUAACUUGCAAACAAGUUCUCUCCACGAGAUUCACCACGUUCGCCGGUCUAUCUGUCAUUUCUGCGCAAAAGCUGCAAAUUUCAAGAUUAUCUUCGUCUUUUAGGAUUCUUCGUAAUAAUCAUAAACUGGAUAUACAAAAAUGAAGAUCGCUAGCACAUUAUUUCUCUUCGUCGUCGUCGGAUGUACGUGGCGAAAGGCACUAUGCACAUGUGUAUUUCAGUCGGACUUCGGUUUCGUGCUAAACUGCGCUUUCAAAAAGUCCGGUCUCUUCCGGGUCAGAAAUCUCGGAGGUGUGAAGGGUUACGUCGGCCUGGGUGAGUUGAAUUAUAGGAGCGAUCGCGAUCAGAGCAUUGUAAAUUUCAAAAUUAUAAACUAUUAUUCUCUCAUGCAGUUACCCUUACCAAGCGACGAGAUGGCUGCUUCAGUGAACGAAAUGACGUUGCUUUCGUUGCAGCCUAUCGCUGCAGCUGAAACCAGCCAACUGCUGCCUCUUCAACAAAACGAAAAACAACAAUCCUUACCCGACAGCUUACCAUCCUUGGCUCCUAUCCAGGGCAUGGAAACUUCUUUAAAGGCCCUCGCGGAGGCAAGUAAUAUCACUCUAGAAGCCUUGGAAGCGGCAAUUCUUCUGAGACAGCAACAGCUUCUUAAAAAACAGCAAGGACCUAUGACGACAAGUACCACAACAACCACAAUGGCACCUCUUAAAAAUAAACAUAAUUCCGGAGCCACCAAAGUGAUGAACGCGCCUCGGGAAUACUAUCCGGUUGGAUACGACAAAAAUUUUGAUGACAACUUUGCAAGUCGCGUUGACCUGCCUGACACGAGCUUUUAUUGUGGCGAUCAAAAACAUUUCCCAGGUCUCUAUGCCGAUGAAGACCUGGGAUGUAUGGUGUUUCACGUUUGCGCACUGACGGACGAUGGUCUGAUCAUGAAGAGUUUUCUGUGUCCGGAAUCGACGUUGUUCGAUCAAACAAUUUUGAAAUGCAACUGGUGGUUCUACGUAGACUGCAAAGCUUCCAAGAGUUUGUACGACAGCAAUAUACCUAUUAGCAAGAGUUAUCAGCUGAUGAAGGCCUUGGCGUUCUUCUCGGCGUAUAAAAAUCACGAAAACGGGACAAAUACUGAGCAAAAUAGCAAAGAUAAUUCUUGAAUCGGCAGAUCAAUCAAAAAUUAUAGAAUCGUAAUCGUUAAGCUCAAUUUUCCAUAUAUGGAAAUUAUCGUGUUUCCACGAUACGACUUUCUCAUUUAGUUUUAGAAGUUUUUAUUUGUAUAUAUAAUUUAUUUGGUUAAGAAAAAGAGAGAGAGAGAAAAUAAGAAGUAUGUUAGAUUUCUACUUUAUAUAGAGGCAAUGUAAAUAGUACCCGUUCCUGGCUCGAUC